UCUACCAUGUUUCAGCGACAUGCAUUUUAUGUACGAAGAUGGCUACGCCAGAAAAAGAGAACCCGCUGUUCAUGUCAUGGCACAACAGCGCCUGGAUUCCCCACCUGAGUCGAGCUAACAUCAUGGACUACUUUGCGGAUAGGAGCAACCCCUUCUAUGACCGUACCUGUAACAAUGAGAUAAUUAAGAUGCAGAGAGUGAAUCCGGAGCAACUCAAAACUAUGACAGGCCUUGAGUACGAGCUGCUUCAUGUCCAGGAGCCAAUUCUUUACGUGAUAAGGAAACAGCACCGCCAUUCGGUAGAGCACACCACGCCCCUGGCUAACUAUUACAUCAUCGCGGGCGUGGUCUACCAAGCGCCGGACCUGUGCUCCGUGCUGAAUUCCAGAAUGCUGACGAGUCUACAUCACAUUGAGUCAGCAUUUGAAGAGGCUCAGUCGUUCUCCCGCUACAGCCCCAGCAAGGGUUACUGGUGGGAAUUUAAGGACAAGGAACAAGAACAAGCAGAAGAGAAGCAAAAGAACCAAAGGAAGAAGGAAGAGGCAGCGAGCUCCAUGUUCCAGAGACAAAGAGUGGACGUUCUCCUCAAGGAGCUGUCCCGGAAAUUUCCUCCAAAGGUCAUCCAGGCCAAACCUGGCGAAAAGCCGAUCCCCGUGGAACACCAGAACGGCACUGUCGCCAUCAAGGAGGAGAUAAAAGAAGAACAGCAGCAAGUCAACAGCAACUCGGUCGCGACGACAGGCACCAUCGGUGCCCCAAACGCAGGGGCCUUCUUCUCCGGUGGCAUGAGGCCCCCGAUGGUCAAAAAAAGGAAGCUUGGAAAAUGACACAAGUUUGGACAUUUUUAGGACCGUUUGUGGAAAGUCCCUAGGACUCGCCCAUGAAGGACAGUAAGACCCCUGUGCACGCCUUGUGACCUUGGGCUGAGAACUCAGUGUAAGCUACUGCGGAGCCCUACUCCAUGGAGGAAAGUGGGUAACAACGAGAGGGGGUGGUAACCUGCAGUCAGGUGGUCCAUUCAGCAGACAGGUUGAUUGCUGGAUGGCAACGUUGUAAGUCAAGCUGAGGUAAAAGAUUGUCCAUAAGAAUCGCCAUUGGCUGACAAAUAGGCUCAAAAAUACCAAACCUUCUGUCACCAUAGCGUGCGUUCACUAUUUGUGGCUUUAUUUUGAUUCAUGUUUUUAUCUGCGGUGUACCAGAGGCUCUAUCUCUGGCCCGAAUACAACAGCUGUGUCUGCCCCAGGAAAAUUGAAGACAAGGUCCCGUCACGUCUUGUCAGACAGAAAAAAAAGGCACAGUUUUGCCAACAGUGCAUUUUUGGGGGGCAGGACCCAGGAGGAAUUCCGGCUUCCACAGUUCUUUGAUCAAAAGGAGACAGUCACCAGACUUGCCCACAAACCCACAAAACAAAUAACUGCCUGAACUCAAAACAAAACAGGAACAAAGUUUUUUUUUUAAAACCAUUCUGAAAAGGCUGGGUAUGAAUUUAUUGCAAGCACUUGGUUUUUUGUGUGUGCAAUAUCCUGCUUGAUGGUUUUUCAGAAAUAUAUAUAUAUAUAGAUAUAUAUUUCGCUCAACUAAUGAACAUUGUUUCUUAUUCAGGGCCCAUUUUCAUUGCGCUUCUUGAUAAUUAGAAGAAAAUGUUUACUCUUCAAAGCAGAAAAUCAUAGUACUGCUGCUCAAGCAUGCCUCGUCACGUCACUGAUGUGGACAACUGUUACCCCAGUAGUUAAGCUUACUGUCGUGGUGCCUACUGGUUAAUGGUGUCCAUGAAAAGAGAUGCUGGUUCUGUGGGCUCAAAAUUGGCAGUAUUGGCUAGGCCGUGAAUUUCGGCCCGGAUUAGUUGCUGUUUAGCGAGUGUCUCAAGCAUCGCACAAUUUGAGUUUCUUUCAAGGUGAAGUUUUUGGUGGUUUGGUGGCUUCCAUAUUUGAAAUUAACUGGUGUCCUGCCGCACCAUCGCGUUCCAAACCAAAGCAAGUGGCGUGGAUCAUCAUUGUAAAAUGAUCGAAGAUGCUCCUCAAGGAAUGGAAAGAAUAAAAUUAGUAUACAUGUACAGGGGAAAUUUAUGCAACCAUUACUGAAAACAUCACACUGUAAAUUCACAUCUUUUUAUUUCUUUUUCAUUUUUGUAUAAAAGCUGUCAAAAUGUGAUACUAAAAAUCACCCUUAUUGAUAGGAGCUAGAUCACUGCACAAACACUACCACAACCAGGAUUUUAAUCCUGAAGAAAAGUACUUAAGUUAUGAGGAUAAAAAAAGUUAUUUGCACUUGAAAACAUACACAGGAUUCAUUUUGAUAGGAGUAGCAUCAAAUAUACAUACAGCAGACAGAAAACUCGCUUCAGAAGUUUUAAAGAACAUUCAACUAAAAGUAAAUUGCAAAAAUUGGUUCGUCCUCAGUUGAAUUUGGAAUCGCUUAUUUAUAUCAAGUAAUUAUUUUCAAACAAUGAAGUUGUUCAAAUUUGUCCUUAUUUAUCAUCAAAAUUAGAAACUUUAAAAGUGUUACUUGCAGUUGAGCAAUUGUUUGCAAGAAAAAAUACAUCUCUUCAAGUUCUAUUCAUUUUUGAGCAAAUUUAUAUAAAUUCGAGCAGAACAAACGCUUCGGUUAAAAGAAGUCCAAUAAGACUGCCCAUUGAUGAAAUUAAUAUUCAUAACAGCUCCUGACAAACAUCAAUUCUUGGAUUUGGUGAUUUUUAUUUCUGCUCUUAAAUUUUUGUAUACGUCCCAUUUUUAGUCAAUGAGAAUCGUUCCCCCAGAAACAGGGUUUUUUUUCUUCAUUUAUCCUCCUGAUUCAUUAGAUAACUCAGCUGGUAAGUUUGCUUUUAUUUUAUUUGAGAAUAGGUCCCACAUUUCAGCACUUGACACAUAACACACCCUUUGCUCAAGCAGACAUGACAGGAAAUAUAAAUAAACUUCAAGGAAGCUGACUUGUUCUGGGUUUUUCCCAAAUUUUUUGGCAAACCAGAAACUUCAAAGGCAACAGGACUAUUUGACACACCUUUUAACAAAACCUCAUCAGGAAAUGUUUGCCGGCUCAAUACUUGUCACAGAUGCUUUGUGAGCUUGCUCUGACUAAGAUCUUUGCCCACAGCAUUAUCAAGUUCCCCAUCACAUGAUUUUUAGCGGGUCACCUGAGCCACUUCAAAAACAAAAAUGUGGGUUGUGGUUAAAAACAAAACUGAAAACUGCUGGGCUUACUCAAAGACAGAGUAAGAAAACAAUUCCUCUCUUUGGUUGUGCUGUAGGUAGUUCCACUGCCCAUUAUCUCAUCCAAACGUCACAUUCUACUAUGCUCUUGGUUUGUUCUGAAACUCAUUGAAAUCUUCAAGCAGUUGGGUUUGUCAGUUCCUAAUGGGGGAAGUGAGUCCCCAUAGACAGUCCACACUGUAUUCCAAAUACUUCCUUAGUGUCUCUCAUGGCCAACUCUACUUGGAAGUAAAUUAUGAUUGAAAUCUCUUAUGUGUAUAAAUACCACAUGUGCGUUAGACUUGGCACCGAGUCAGUUCCGUUUUGUUCUCCACGUGCAAUAUCGCUGUGAUCUGCAAGGUAGGUACGUAUUUCUACCUUUUGUCCCGGGGCAUUGCUUUCCUCGUCCCAAACUUACGGAUGGGCCAUCCAAAUAAGUUGAAAGUUGGCCAAUUAUGUUACUUGUACUAGAGCCGUGCUAAUGGUUCACAGACAAAAUACUACUGUCUAAAUUACUUGUCAUCCAGUAUACAUGUAUGUGUGCUUGAGAACCAGGCCAAAGGUAGCAUUGGCUCUCGUCAUAGCAACUGACACAAUUUAGGAAGCUUUUGGGGUGUGCCUGUCGUGAUGUAUAAGCUCACAUCGACCUGUCUAUACCAAGUGCCUCAAACUCCAAAACUGACAUCUUCCUUCCUUCCUUCAUUACACGGACACAGCAAGCACCAGAUUUUUUCCCUCAAAGUUGACAGUGGCGAAAAUGAAAACGCAUACUGACUCCGGCGGAUGUUAUGUUAUGUAUUCAGCACUGGCAAUGUUUAUUAUGAUACAACCACACAGCAGUGCUUGGGAGCCAAGAUCACAGAUAUACAUGUUUCAGUUAUUUCAAGCUGCAUAGGAGGCUAAUCAGCAUGAACCAACUUCGCGUGUAUCAAGUACUGUUUAGAUAGUGUAUAUUCAUGCCAAUCUGUUUGGUUUGUUUUUCUUUUUUUAAAUACGUGCCUGCUUGUUGAGUUUUGUAUAACAAAAUAGCAUGGAGAAGCUCCAUGAGCAAAAGAAUCCACCCACUACACGUAUAAAGUGUUCAGAGUGCACUUCUAAUGGCACCUUCACCUUGGAAUGUGUAUUACCAUUUCAGUUUUGGGUUUCACCCCGUGGAGUCUUAUGCUUGAAACCCCAAUGAAAUGUUCCAGAUAUUGUUCAUCUGUCCUAUGGAGUAGCACAGUGUCUGUUUCACUUUCACCUUUGAACACAACAAAAUUUCCGUUUGUUUGACCUUUAAAGUCUUUCAGACAAUAGAAUUUCAUUCUUUGUAUCGAUGAAAAUGGCCUUUUUUUCUGUGAAAUUCUUUCAACUUUGCAAGUUUCAAAACAAGGAAUACAAACAAGGCCAGCAGCCUGGAUUCCCAUUCCUGAAAUAAAAAGUGAAACAUA